GACUCCUGACAUCAUUUUGGAGCAGUCAUGCCUGAUCAGUCGGACACAAAGGGCAACAGGUUUUCUGUCACUGUGGCCGUCUGACUGUAUCAACUCCACUUCCUUCUUUCACAAACAUGUAUAUUCCAGACAGCCUGUGGGGCAACUGUUGAAUAUUACUCUGCAAACACCACUUGUUGGUAAUUAAAAGGUUAAGAUUAAAAGGGCAUGUAUCCACAAGGAACACAGAAUAAGGAAGUUGUACUUCCCAUGACCACACCUCCUCACACACAUUCCUUGAUAAUGCAUCUGCAUCGUCUGCUGCUGAUCAUUAAAGAACACUACAGGCAUCUGGAGGUAUGGCCCAACAAGUGAAUGUUGUUUCGAGGGAGCAGUGGGGAGCAGCUCCCCCUCGGAAGAAGGAGACUUUAAAAGGCUUUGCUAAGAAAGUAGUUAUACACCAUACUGCUGUCCAAGCAUGCAAAGACCUGAAAGAGUGUAAGACCCGACUUGUCAGCAUUCAGAGAGGGCAUAUGACGGACAAAAAAUUUGACGACAUUGGAUACAAUUUCCUUGUUGCAGGUGAUGGCACAGUGUUUGAAGGCCGGGGCUGGGGUGUGGUAGGAGCGCAUGCCAAAGGCAAUAAUCAUGACUCAUUGGGGAUUGCCUUCAUGGGCAAUUUCAACAAUGAUACACCAAGCAAAGAGGCAAUAUCGUCAGUCAAACAGCUGCUGCAGUUGGGAGUUUGUCAGAGCUUUUUGGAUCCAGAGUUUGUCCUGUUUGGGCACCGGGAUCUGGGUUCAACAGAAUGUCCCGGAAAUAAACUGUAUGCUGCUCUGCCACAACUGAGAAAUGCCAAAUAAAUCUCACUGCAUAUAAAGAUGA